AUGGCACUCCUUAUAUAUGUUCUGUCGACCUUUUUCAUCGCUUCUAUUCUGCGCACCCUCGUUAACGCCGACAAAUCCUUCUAUACCGAUUUAGCAUCGUAUCAAGAUGGCGCCCUGGGCCGGGAGCCCAGGCAGACCUUCCACUCGUCUCCGAUCCUGGCACCAGUCUAUCAGGUCAACACAUUUAAUGAAGAGAAAGUCGACACGAAGGACCCGUAUAUGUUCAUGGCAGGCAGUUAUGGCGCCUGGGGUCCUAGUAUAGUGUCGUCUAAAGAUUUGAGUCUUGUGUGGGCAGACCAAAGAUUCCCGGGCUUUGCACAGGCGACUCAGGGAUGGGAACUUCACGGCCAACGUGUUUUGGGCGUUUUCGUGGGUGAUGCGGUCCGGAUCUACAGCCAAAGUUACGAAGAGAUGUAUGUUGUCACAACGAAAGGCGAAUAUGCAGGCGUUAAACCUGACUCUCACGAGGCUACAUUGACAGACAAUGGCACCGUGAUACUGAUUGCCUGUCCUGCGGUGGAGGUGGAUCUUUCCCCAGUUGGCGGACCCAAAAGCGGUAGAAGUGUCGCGAACUGCCUGCUGCAAGAGAUCGAUCCCGUUACGGAUGAGCUGCUAUUCCAAUUUGCAACGCUAGAUUUCUUCGACAUUACUGACAGCGUGUGGGAGUACCAUGGCGAAGGUACACCUGAGGGUAACUUUCUGAUCAGCUACCGCCAUCUGAGUACAGUCAUACUGGUUGAUGGUACGACGUCGGAGGUCAUUUGGGUUAUGUGGGGAAAAAAGAAUCAGUUCACCGACAUCAGCAAGAACGGCUCAGCAGAGUUUCAUUACCAGCAUCAGCCCCGUAUGACCGGCAAGAAUCGGUUUACCCUUUUUGAUAACCACCGACUCGAUAAUGGGUAUUGCAAGUCCGGUCAGUGUUCCCGUGGACUAGAAAUUGGUUAUGACCCAGAUGCGAAGACAGCCUGGAUGAUCAACGAAUGGUACCACCCCCAGGGCCUUGUGUCUGCAUCUCGUGGUGGAGUACAAAGGACAUCAAACGGGAACGUACUGGUUGCCUGGGGACAAAACCCUAUGUUCACCGAAUAUUCGGCCGAUGGUGAGCUCGUCAUGGACUUUCAGCGGGGCCAGGUCUUAGCCAUGGAGCAUGGCAUUGUGAAUGUCAUUGCAUAUCGGGCCUGGAAAGGGGAUUGGGAAGGCGACCCAACCUGGGGCCCUAACAUCUCCUGCAGCGCCAACGAUACCGGCAAACUGAUCUAUGUCUCCUGGAAUGGUGCUACCAAAGUCGAUCGCUAUGUUCUUUUGUCCUCAGACAGCAAGGAUGACCUUGAUGGUGUUGCCAAUGUUGUUGCGCAGUCACCUCGCACGGGCUUUGAGACGGAGUUUUAUGUGCCAAACGGCAAGAUCAGUUCAUAUGGGCUCAUAGCAGCUGUAGACACCCAUGGACAUGUGCUCGGCUUCACGCCUGCUGUCAAUACGUCGACGGGAGAGCUCUUCCACAUUGACUAUAACAUCACCCGUGUCACCACCAGCUCUGGCAUUGGCUCCGGUAUCUCGAUCGAGAUGCUUGGGGUUACUUUUGCUGGCAUAGGCGCAGUUUGCGUUGCUUUGAUAAGUGCUCUUAUAAUUUGUUGGCGCCAACGAACCCAGAAGCAAGCAAGAAUAGGCGAAGAUGCUCAAGGUCUCCUUGAGUCAGACGAGUUUGAGCUGGGAAACGCUUUCGCUCGCACAUCGCAGGACACGACGGACUCUGACGGUUCAAGCCAAUACGAAAACAAAGGCCGCCAAUGCAAGUUAUCUAAGACAUAUUAA